CGCUUGCUCUCUUAUCUCCAUGUGACCGUCGUAAUAAAAUAAAGAAAGCCACUCUGCUUGUUAUCGGCCGCCGCUGAUCGCACGGCAGAAACCUUGUCUCUAAGCUGUCGCGGCUUGAUCUCAUUCAGCUUUUUCCUUCUCACCAGAAAUUAAAAGACGACAUCAUAUACUACAUCCUAUUCUCUUCGAUAGAAUCGUAUCCAUGUAGAAAAUCCGCGACUUUGAAGCGAAAUGAACUCCCAUUCUGAGGAAAUGUCGCAUCGCGACCGCGAGUCGGCCGAGCGACAUCAAAGAGAUCAGUUCCCUGUUGGGACCCCCCGCCAGAGCAAUACCGCGUCGUUACAGAUCCAUCAGCCCGUCGCCUCGCGACUCCCCGGUGCCAUCCACAGUCCUGGAGGUCUUCUAGCGACUCAUGGAGGCUCGGGACCUCCUAUCCCUCUCGGUGCUCCCUCCGGCCCCGUAAACACAUUUGGCGGUCCAUUGCAAGCUGAGUCGAACCGUACACUUCCGCAUAAUGCCCAGAACGCAUCGAGCCAGAUGUUCGGAGCUUUAGGUGGUCACAAUUCGGGACCCUCUGGCUCUUCGGGACCUGCAGCACAUCUAUUUGGUGGUCCGCUGCAGCAAGAAGGCAAUCGAGCCUCGCAAGGUAUACCGUUCGGUGGGAAUGGCACUGGGAUGCCAGGGGGUCACCCAUUACCCAACGGUAGUGCUAGUGGCAUGCCGCAGGGGCAGCAACCUAUACUUAAUGACGCCCUCAGCUACUUAGACCAAGUCAAGGUCCAAUUUGCCGACCAACCGGACGUGUAUAAUAAAUUCCUUGAUAUCAUGAAAGACUUCAAGAGUCAAACAAUUGACACUCCUGGUGUCAUCAACCGCGUAUCAGAACUUUUUGCCGGCCAUCCGAAUCUCAUUCAAGGCUUUAACACUUUUCUCCCGCCAGGAUAUAGAAUCGAAUGUGGUGCAGGAAACGAUCCAAAUACAAUUCGCGUCACUACGCCCAUGGGAACAACAGUUCAAUCGAUUACAGGAAGAGCAAAUCAAGGUGACGGGGCGCAUGGUCAACCGGGAGCGAACGGACCUUUUUUCAACCACCGGACGAGCAACUGGCAGCAGCAACAUCCACAGCCGCAACCGCAACCACAACCACAACCUCAGCACAGCAUCGAAAGCCCAGAAGCCUCUUUCAGCGCCCCCGCGCCAAAUGGUCCAAGCUUGUUCAGAGCUGCUCAAACCCAGCCCUCAGAGUUUGAUAGUGUAAGCGCAGGAAAUCAACAGCAUCGUGGUACAUCUCAGAUACAAAAUAACUCUACUACACCUAACGCGCCAACAACCCGCAACGCUCUCACACCAACUCCAGGUGGUUCGCAAGGGGUGCCUGGCAGCGGAAACCAGCAGGCAAAUAUGGAGAAGCGCGGACCAGUUGAAUUCAAUCAUGCUAUUAGCUAUGUGAAUAAAAUCAAGAACCGCUUCCAAGAUAAACCCGAAAUCUACAAGCAGUUUCUCGAGAUUUUACAGACCUACCAACGAGAGCAGAAACCAAUACAAGACGUCUACGCUCAAGUCACCACCCUCUUCAAUACCGCGCCAGACCUUUUGGAAGAUUUUAAGCAAUUCCUACCGGAAUCUGCGGCCUCGAACAAGGGUAACGGUGCGAAACCCGAAGACAUGUUCGCCAUGACCGGUCUCACUCAGACCACGCCGCAGCCUGGGCAUAAUAUGAGGGAUGGCCAGAAGAUGCCUCCCGUCGGAAACUUCGCGCCUCCUGCCAGCGCAAGUAAAGACAAUAAAAAACGUCCUCGCAAUGAGAAGCAGACCGCGCCUCCAGCGCCUGUUAUCGCUGACAGUCCUGCUCCUGGAUCACGCUCGAUUCCUGGAGUAGGUCCUGCUAGCAAGCGACCGAAACUUAAUCACAAACCUCUGGCCACAGACGUACAAUCGAUCGAGCCCACACUCACCCCAAUUCUUCCUGAACCUCUCCCUCCCACGUCGUCGGCAAACGCGACGGCAGACGAACUGGGGUUCUUCGAGAAAGUUAAGAAAUACAUCGGAAACAGGUCUACGAUGAAUGAAUUCUUGAAACUUUGCAACAUGUACUCUCAGAGUUUGAUCGACACUAAUGAUCUGGUUCAUAAGUCUAGCCAGUUCAUCGGAGGCAGUGCUGAGCUGAUGGGUUGGUUCAAGAACUUUGUAGGAUAUGAGGGUCUUGACGAGAUUAUCGAGAAUAGGCCAAGGCCGCCUACGGAGAAGGUCUCGCUGAGCAACUGUCGGGCUAUUGGACCGAGUUACAGGUUGCUGCCUCGCAGGGAAAAACUCAAGCCGUGUGGCGGCCGGGACGAGAUGUGUAAUGCUGUCCUCAACGACGAGUGGGCAUCCCACCCUACCUGGGCCUCGGAAGAUUCGGGCUUUGUUGCUCAUCGAAAGAACGCCUUCGAAGAGGGCCUUCAUCGCAUCGAGGAGGAGCGGCACGAUUACGAUUUCAAUAUCGAAGCCAAUGUCAAGUGCAUACAAUUACUCGAGCCCAUCGCCCAGCAGAUGCUGAACUUAACUCCUCAGGAACGAGAAACAUUCCAGAUGCCAGCAGGACUCGGAGGCUCCAGUACCUCUAUCUUCAAGCGUGUCCUGAAGAAGAUCUACGGCAACGAGAAGGGUCUUGAUGUUGUCAGCGAUAUGUUUACGGACCCCUUCGCCGUUGUUCCCGUCGUCCUUGCGCGGCUUAAGCAAAAGGAUGAGGAGUGGAGAUUCACACAGAGGGAAUGGGAGAAAGUAUGGCAGGCGCAGACGGAGAUCAUGCACCUCAAGAGCCUUGACCACAUGGGUAUCCAGGUUAAACAGAAUGACAAGCGGAAUCUCUCUGCCAAGCACCUAGUGGAUGUCAUUAAGACAAAACACGAAGAACAACGACGCUUGCGCAGCUCGAAGAAUAAAAUCCCACGACAUCAGUUUGCAUAUGAGCUGAGUGACCAGGAGGUCAUCUUAGACCUACUCCGAUUCAUGGUCCUCUACGGUACGAAUAACGGCCACCAUAGUACCUCGGAAAAGGAGCGGAUCGUUGAAUUUUUCGAGUGGUUUAUCCCGCGUUUCUUCGAAUUGUCGGAAGAAAAAGUGCAAGAUCGGCUCCAUGAUAUUGAUCGCGAGUCCGGCGAAGAAGAUGCCGAGGAGCAACUUCCUGCGGAACUGACUAACGGUCGCGCCCGACGUAACGGCAAGAGAUCUGACUUACUCCGCGGCGUUUUGGAUCCUGGCCGUAACGGUGCCAAGACUAGGACCCAAAAGGAGGAUAGUGCUGCAUCUGGCAGCAAAGAGACGACACCGGACGCUGGGUCUGCGAACGAAGAAGAGAUGGCAGACGCACCAGAGGACUCCCUCCCUGCUGAACAAUCUAAUGAGCGGUGGCUGCCUAUAGUACCCCGAGCAACGGUUGUUAAAGGUGACAAUCCGCUCGUGGAUACCGACGGCGAGUUGAGAGCUGACGGGCUCUUUUCUCGCCCGUGGUACAACUUCUUUUGCAACCAGACUAUUUAUGUUUUCUUCACCGUGUUCCAGACGCUAUACAAGCGUCUCAAGGACGUCAAGGAUAGUAAGGAGAGCGUCUUGCAAGAAAUUGCCCGAUCGAAGAGCAAGAAGCCCGCAAAGGAUCUUGGUAUCGCCGUCAAUGAGCUUAACUAUUUCGAUGAGAACGACCCUGCCUCGUUCUGGCCAAAAACGGUCGAACUUAUUGAAGACUAUAUUACCGGGGAGAUUGAUGAGAAUCGAUAUCAAGAAGUGCUCCGUCAUUAUUAUCUCAAGAAGGGCUGGACUUUAUAUACGAUCCAAGACCUCUUGAAGACGCUAUGCCGUCUCUCUUUGACGUGCACCAGUCUCGACUCAAAGGAGAAGACGCCGGAUCUCAUUCACCACUUCCUGAACAAUCGACAUAAUGAUAUGACCAGUUAUCAGACAGAGAUUAGCGCCCGCAAGUAUGCCGAGAAGUGUAUUAAGGAUGGUGAUAUGUUCGUUAUUUGCUGGUUCCCGCAUAAGCGUGAAGCUACAGCGCGAUGGUUGCAACGUGACGAGACGACAUUUUACAUGGAUGAGAUGGAACUGUGCGACAGAUGGCAGUAUUACAUCUCCUCGUACAUACGUGUAGAGCCUACUGAGGGGGUACCUCGCUCUCGCCUUCAGAAGACAGUCCUUGCUCGCAACUUGCCAUCCACCGAAGCCGAUUCUGACGAUGGUAAUGUGCCGAAGCCUCUCAUGUACAACGAAGGUUUAGUCUUGCGCAUUUGCAUCAACUCCAAUAAGAUCGUCUGGGAAAAGGACACGUCCGAGUUCUUUGUCUAUUCAACAGAACCCGAGGACAAGGAUAAGGCCGCGGUCGAGGAGUACCGCCGCGCCAUCACCGAACAUCGCGAGCAGCGGUUCCGAGAGAAGAUGGUUAUGAAUAACGCUUGGAUGCGGGGGAUGAGUCAGGACGAGGUCCAGAAAGUCAACGAGAACUUCCAGAAGUGGUUCAAGGACGGCGUCUCGCCCAAUGCCAACGGCCAGGGAGAAGACGGCGAGAAUAUGGAAGGGCUUGAAUAGGUGGAUGCCUUGUCCACCUUCGAGGACGACUUCUCGGCUUGGCGACUACCUAGCCCCAUAAGUGAUUAGACGGUGGUGAGAUUUGAUUACGCAUAAGCAUAAAGGCAUCACGACUGGCGCUGGGGCGUUGGCACUUGAGUGGAUAUAUCCUACCCCCCGCGACGACCCCUUUUCUUUUUUCUUUUCGUUGCAUACGUGCAGUUGAGGCUGAACAGAGCGGAUAGGAUGAUGGUGCUUUUCUCAUUAGUUUGUAUUAUAGAUAUGCUAACCGACAACCCGAUGGUCGUGUCGUCCUGGUGCUUUUUUUGUGAUUUCCAUAGCAGCGAACAUACUAUUAUUUCAAAGACUUAGAAACUGAGACAGAAGUACAUAGUGUUAGGUUAGUGUAUUUGCACUAGGACAUCACAUAGAAGAAUAACAUGGCCUGUCAGUUUUA